UGUCACGGCCUUACACUCUUGGCUGGAGGCAGUAUUGGUACCCAGGGUAUCGGUUAAUUGUAUAGAGCACAAUGCUUAAUCCACUCUGGGAGAAAAGUGAAUACCAGAUCAGAAGACUGUGACCCGCAUUCCGGAGCAGGAAAACUGUUUGUACAAUGUACACAAGGCGAUCGUCUCUGAGCUAGAGGAGAUAAAACACAAUGCACGCAGCUUCAAUGUGACUACCGACGACUGGCUACGCCCUACGCUAAAGGUCCAUACCAAGGACUAACACAGAAGUAACCGCCACAAGGAGUAUCAUCAUGUCUGAACGCAAAGCCGUCGUUAAGAAUGCCGACAUGGCGGAAGAUGUACAGCAGGAUGCCAUCGAGUGUGCCACCCAGGCCAUGGAGAAGUUCAAUGUGGAGAAGGACAUCGCUGCUUACAUCAAGAAAGAGUUCGACCGGAAGUACAACCCCACUUGGCAUUGCAUUGUGGGCAGGAACUUCGGCAGCUACGUCACGCACGAGACCAAGCACUUCAUCUACUUCUACCUGGGUCAGGUGGCUGUGCUGCUCUUCAAGUCCGGCUAGUGGAGGUGCGUCAUCAGAUGCACGCAUAAUAGCGACUACAAACAUUGUGUGUUCACCAGAUGGUGUUGAGCUAUGACCAGAGGAGUGACUUCGCUCUUUCGUGUGGCAUAACUACAUGUAGCUAUGCUUUGCCAUGCCUGUUUAUGCCUGCGCAGUGCUUGCAGUGCAUUUCGCUUAUACAACUACACUGUAAAAUGUACACCGAAAACUAGACCAUACAAGGCACUUUGCAUGAUUGUGUUUUCAAAUCUAAAAUGAUAAAAUGCAAGACAUUUUUCGCGUUUCUAGUUCACAGUUCGACAGAGGAUAAAAAGAUACACAAUCCCCUUUUGUUUAAAGUGUCUAAUGUUGAUCAUAACUUAAUUUGAAAUAACAUAUUACCAUCCUGGCAUUAAACGAAUCGCGAGUCACAACAAAAUUAUAUUACAACGUAUAAAGCCACCAAGUGUAUAGAGAAUUACCAGUUCGUCCAGAAGUGUAUUGACAGUGAUAAGUAAAACAUAAUUUUUUUUUUAUUACAAUGUAUAUUAGUUGCCAAUGGUGCUACGAAAUAACCGAGUUCGUCUGUAUUAUGUAGCAGUCAUCAGUGCGAAGGAUAUUAACAAAUCUGGUACACAUAUAGGUACAUUUAUUUGUAAGUUUGAAGAAAGAAAUAAAUCCCAAGUCAUGAGGAUUUCAGCACUCAAGUUUGCCCCCAUAAAAUAAUUGUGCAGAUAACAACAUCUCUGUAUUCCAUAAUUUUUAGCCGUACUUACUGUUACCUCCAAAGAAAAGGCUUGAAAUAAUCCACUGCACCAAAGAUAUUCUGUUUCUUUGAUGCAUGAUUAAUAUUUAAUAAAGCUAUAACAUUUUGUUUUAGAAAACGCU